GGCAGAGACACGCCAACCACGCAGCCGCCCACCCCCCCCCCCCCCCCCACCUCAGCGAGAACGCAGGGAGGGCGAGCAGCAACAAGAGAUAGUCCCUCCGCCGCCUCCUCCUCCUCCUCCGCCGCGCGGGCCCCGGGGCUGAUGCCACCUGCCCUGCCCGGCCGGUCGCCUCUCCCGGAGCGCGGCGGGGCGCGGCGGGGACGCCGGCGCGGGGCCCUGUGAGACCGAGCGGCUGAGGUGGCGGCGGGAGAAGCGGCGGCGCGGAAGGAUGGCGGACACGGACCUGUUUAUGGAAUGUGAGGAGGAGGAGCUGGAACCAUGGCAGAAGAUCAGUGAUGUGAUUGAAGAUUCUGUUGUUGAGGAUUAUAAUUCAGUUGAUAAGACUGCCACUGCUGGCAACCCCUUGGUGCAGCAGAGUGGGCAGCCACUCAUCCUCACCCAGAACCCAACCUCAGGGCUGGGCACGAUGGUGACCCAGCCCGUGCUACGACCUGUCCAGAUCAUGCAGAACGCCAACCACGUCACCAGCUCCCCCGUGACCAGCCAGCCCAUCUUCAUCACCACCCAGGGGUUUCCUGUGAGGAACGUGCGGCCUGUGCAGAACACGAUGAACCAAGUUGGGAUUGUUCUGAACGUGCAGCAGGGUCAGACAGUCAGACCCAUCACCCUCGUCCCAGCCCCAGGCACCCAGUUUGUGAAGCCAACCGUUGGUGUCCCCCAGGUGUUCUCCCAAGUGGCCCAGGUGAGACCAGGUACCACCAUGCCGGUCCGUCCCACCACCAACACUUUCACCACGGUCAUUCCGGCCACGCUCACCAUCAGGAGCACGGUACCACAGUCCCAGGCACAACAGCAAAUGAGCAUCGCCAGCUUUGUGACCGUCAAGAGACCUGGCGUGACGGGGGAGAACAGCAACGAGGUGGCCAAGCUGGUGAACACCCUGAGCACCAUCCCCUCGCUGGGGCAGAGCCCUGGCCCCCUGGUGGUGUCCAACAGCAGCCCUGUCCACGGCUCCCAGAGGUCCAGCGUCUCAGAGUCAUCCUCAUCCUCUUCCUCACUGAAAGUCAGCUCAUCCCCAGUCCCCACCUUUGAUCUGCAAGACGGGGGUCGGAAGGUCUGCCCAAGAUGUGAUGCUCAGUUUCGAGUCACUGAAGCUUUAAGAGGACACAUGUGUUACUGCUGCCCUGAAAUGGUUGAAUUCCUCAAGAAAAGAAAAUCUCUAGAGUCUGAACCAAAUAUUCAAUCUGCAAAGCCUCCAUCUCCAGAAAAAACUACAGCUGUGGCUUCACCACCCUCCUCUACUCCCAUCCCUGCGCUGUCCCCACCUGCUAAAGCUCCAGAGCCAAGUGAAAACGUAGUUGACUCAUCCCAAAGUAAGCUCAUAAUGUUAGUAGAUGAUUUCUACUAUGGCAGAGAUGGUGGCAAAGUGAGCCAGCUGCUGAACUUCCCCAAGGUUCCAACCUCCUUCAGGUGUCCACACUGCAGCAAGAGGCUAAAGAACAACAUACGGUUCAUGAAUCACAUGAAGCACCACGUUGAGCUGGACCAGCAGAAUGGGGAGGUGGAUGUCCACACCAUCUGCCAGCACUGCUACAGACAGUUCUCCACCCCCUUCCAGCUGCAGUGUCACCUGGAGAACGUCCACAGCCCCUACGAGUCUACCACCAAGUGCAAGAUCUGCGAGUGGGCGUUCGAGAGCGAGCCCAUGUUCCUGCAGCACAUGAAGGACACGCACAAGCCUGGGGAGAUGCCCUAUGUUUGCCAGGUCUGUCAGUACCGCUCGUCCCUGUACUCGGAGGUGGACACUCACUUCCGCAUGAUCCACGAGGACACGCGCCACCUGCUCUGCCCCUACUGCCUCAAGGUCUUCAAGAAUGGCAACGCCUUCCAGCAGCACUUCAUGAGGCACCAGAAGAAGAGUGUUUAUCAUUGCAACAAGUGUAGGCUCCAGUUCCUGUUUGCCAAGGACAAAAUUGAGCACAAGCUGCAGCACCACAAAACUUUCCGGAAGCCCAAACAAUUAGAAGGAUUGAAACCUGGAACCAAGGUUACAAUCAGGGCAUCCAGAGGACAGCCACGGACAGUGCCACUCUCUUCCAAUGACAUGUCCCAGGGCUCUGGACAGGACAACCCCCUGUCAUCUGCCACCGACCCCCAGCCCAUCUUCCUGUACCCGCCAGUCCAGAGGAGCGUCCAGAAGAGAGCGGUCAAGAAAAUGAGUGUCCUGGGCAGGCAGACAUGCCUGGAGUGCAGCUUCGAGAUCCCCGACUUCCCCAACCACUUCCCCACCUACGUGCACUGUUCCCUGUGUCGUUACAGCACCUGCUGCUCCAGAGCUUAUGCCAACCACAUGAUCAACAACCACGUUCCUCGGAAGAGUCCAAAAUACUUGGCUUUGUUUAAGAACUAUACUGCCUGUGGUGUCAAGCUGUGCUGUUCCUCCUGUCUCUUCAUAACGUCUGAGGGUGAUGCCAUGGCCAAACAUCUGGUCUUCAAUCCCUCACACGAGUUCAGUAACGUUAUUGGCCGAGGCCCUACUUGGAUAUCCCACACCAGGCACGUUCAACCCCAGGACAAAAGCAUGAAGGAUCCCUGCCCGACCUAUUCCCCAACUAAAGCUGCUACUGUGAAAACAAGGCCUGUGCCCCCCGGGAAGGAGGACCUGGAGCCCGAGCAGGCGCCAGCAGCCGCCAGCAGAGCCCCGGCCGGCCAGGAGGAGGAGGAGGAGGAGGGUGUGGAUGCUGAGGGCGCGGAGGAGCAGGCGGGCAAGGAUGCUGAGCCUGCCAGCAGGAAGGAGCAGCUGUCGGUGAAGAAGCUGCGCGUGGUGCUGUUCGCCCUGUGCUGCGACGCGGAGCAGGCGGCCGAGCACUUCCGGAACCCGCCGCGCCGCGUGCGGCGCUGGCUGCGCCGCUUCCAGGCCUUCCAGGAGGAGAACCUGGCGUCGCUGUCGGAGGGGAAAUACCUGAGCCUGGAGGCCGAGGAGAAGCUGGCGGAGUGGGUCCUGACGCAGCGGGAGCAGCAGCUGCCCGUCAACGAGGAGACGCUGUUCCAGAAGGCCACCAAGAUCGGCCGGUCCCUGGAGGGGGGGUUCAAGAUCUCGUACGAGUGGGCGGUGAGGUUCAUGCUGCGGCACCACCUCAGCACGCACACGCGCCGGGCGGUGGCUCAUCCCCUCCCCAAGGACGUGGAGGACAACGCCAGCUGCUUCAUCGAGUUCGUGCAGCGGCAGAUCCACACCCAGGACCUGCCCCUCUCCAUGAUCGCCGCCAUCGACGAGAUCUCCCUCUUCCUGGACGUGGAGGUGCUGAGCAGCGACGACCGGAAGGAGAACGCUCUGCAGACGGUGGGGAACGGGGAGCCCUGGUGCGACGUGGUCCUCACCAUCCUGGCCGACGGGAGCGUCCUCCCCACCCUGGUCUUCUACAGGGGCCACGUCCAGCAGCCCGCCAACGUGCCCGAGUCCAUCAUGCUGGAAGCAAAGGAGAACGGAUACAGCGACGACGAAGUGAUGGAGCUGUGGGCGUCCCGGGUGUGGCAGAAGCACACGGAGUGCCAGAGCAGCAAGGGCAUGCUGGUGCUGGACUGCCACCGCACGCACCUCUCGGAGGAAGUACUGUCCCUGCUGAGCACCUCCAGCACCCUGCCCGCCGUCGUCCCCGCGGGCUGCAGCUCCAAAAUCCAACCCCUAGAUGUUUGUAUCAAAAGGACUGUGAAAAAUUUCUUGCAUAAAAAGUGGAAAGAGCAAGCCAAGGAGAUGGCGGACUCGACGUGCGACUCGGACAUCCUCCUGCAGCUGGUCCUGUGCUGGCUGGCAGAGGUCCUGGAGGUGAUCAGUGACUCCCCCGAGCUGGUGCAGCAGUCCUUCCUGGUGGCCAGCGUGCUGCCCGGGCCGGACGGCACCGCCAACUCGCCCACCCGCAACGCUGACAUGCAGGAGGAGCUGAUCACCUCGCUGGAGGAGCAGCUGAAGCUGAGUGAGGAGCAGCAGCAGCAGCAGGAGGAGGUGGCCGAGGUCCAGGACCCGACCCAGGCCGAGGAAUCGGCCGAGGCCGAGAUCUUGCAGCAGCUCUUCGAGGGGGAAAGUGAGACUGAGUCCUUCUAUGGCUUUGAAGAGGCUGAUUUGGAGCUGAUGGAAAUCUGAGCACUGAUCUGCGAGCCGGGAUCCAGGAAAGGGGUAUUUUUAAAAAUAAAUGUUGGAUGAGACCAUUACACUUCCCUGUGGAUUUGUGGGUUUAGGAAAUUCGUAGGCGAUCACUCAGAUAAAUAGCCAUUUAUGCUGUUCAUUUAUAAGUUUUGUGCUUUUUUAAAAGAAAAAUCACUGUGUUGGUAUUUUCUGAAGAUCUAUUGUGGGUGAAUAUUUUUGCGUUUUCUUUACCUCACUGUAUCAUAGUUUUCUGUUUUUAUUGUGCAGAAAUGUUUUGAAUUAUACAUUGUCAAUGUGACCAUUUCUAAAGAAAGGAAAAAAAAAUAUGUAGCUAAUGAACCAGUAUAUAAAUCCUUUUGGUUGUCUUAACACAGAUUAUUUUUUUUUUCUAAUUAUUUUUUUUUUUUAACACUUGGCCCAGAGAUUUAGGUUUCUAUGGAAAAUUUAGCAAUGAGUUAAUUGUGUGAACCUUCUCUAAUUGGCCAUUUGGGUUUGGUUUGGUUGUUUCUUUUUUUUUUUUUUAAUUUGUAAAGAAGAGUAAUUAUUAUUUUGCUUGUGAGUUUGAACGUGGGGUAAAAGGACAAGUGAAUUUUGGCUGUUCCAGGCCAGCAGUGGGUGAGGAGGGGGGGGCAGCACUGUCCCCUCCCCCCCAUCCCUGGCUGGGUGUGGUGGUUCCUCCCCUGCACCCACCUUGCUCCAAAGAGUUCCUGACAGAGGGAACGUGGUGGGAGAGGAAGGUCAAGCCUGUCUUGACCUCCCUGAGCCCGGGGGUGGGAGUUCAGACCAUGGGAGGUCGACCCUGAACUACUGGUGGUUGAUGAACCUGCUUGAACCAGCAGCAUCAGACACUACGUUCCUUAGAAUUAGAGAUUGAUUUAACGAAACAAACUGUGAUGUGCACACACACACACACAGGAAAAAGAAAAAAAAAAAAAAGAGGACGUUUGUUUUUAUUUUUCACUGCCAGCUUAAAUUUUUCUACAAUUUGCAUGUUUGAGGGUUUUUUAAUUGUAUGUAUUAUGGUAUCAACGGAAGCAUUUUGACAAACGGAAUCCAGAGGCACCUGCACCUUUCUGUUUCCAUAGAGGUUUUGUGAACCUUCCCCAGUGCCCCAGGAAAGCAGGAGGCAGCAUGUGCAGACCUGUAAAUGAUUCAUCUUUAAAAUGUACAUAAGUGGAACAUUUAAUAAAACCAGGGAAAUGGA